UCUCCUUUGCUCCUUAUCUAAAGAAGAUGACAUCCUACUUCCCCUGUGCAGAUGCCCCUAUCCACACCUCUGUCCUCUUUGGGCAAUGGAUUCUCGGACCACGGUACAAAGGCCACACAGUGAAGAGAAGAGAAGAAAGGCAUCUUCCAGCCCAUUCUGGACUGGUUCUUCCCCGGAUAGGUACAAACGAGCUGCAAAGCUCUGGAUCAUCUCCAAGCUUUUGUCUCAUCGCCUCCACUCAUCUGAAGAGGAGCCCAGCUCAUCACGUACAUGGCUGUCUAGUUAGUUAUCCAGAGGGACGUAAACCUAAGAUAAAGCACUGACAAUAUGUGUCUCAUCUUCUAGCUGUUGUUGUGCUUCUGUUAAUCAAGAGGUUGCUGUAUCCGAGUGUGGCUGUCGAUUUGGCCAUCUCCAACUACUUUUGCGCCAUGCAUGCAUGAUUUCAGCGGUGCCGAGUGUGGGCGGCGCCGUUGCUUUUUCUGUGGGGGCGUUGAGUAAGGGGAAAGUCUAAGAGAGAGCAAAACAAAAGGGGAAGCCGCGGUGUGGUGGUGGCGGCAGUGGUGGAUUCUUGCUUGCUUCAGGCCUACCUUUCUGCAGCCUUAAGUUUGGUGGUUGUAGUGGUGUGCGUAUAAUGUGUUAUCUUCCAAGGGGCCGGAUCACCGGACCAUCCCAUGUAGGCCUCUUCUACCUCUACUAGCAAUCAGCAGCGACCAUCAUCAGAGCCAUCACACUCACCCGUGGCAAAAGCUUAAAGAAUUGGAUUGAGCAGCUAGCACACCAUGUGUCCCCAGACCCCACCCAGCUUAGGGUUGUCAAUUAGUUGGUGUUUAAAAACCACACGGCUGUCCCUGUUGUUGGCUAAGUAGUUGGAGGACUAGUUAGUGCCAGAUUAGACGGGCAAGCUAGCAGAGGCAAUUCCUGCACUGCCCAUUAUUUAGUUGCUUUGCCUUUGCUCAUGUGAAGAGAGAGAGAGAGAGAGAGAGAGAGAGAGAGAGAGAGAGAGAGAGAGAGAGAGAGAGAGAGAGAGCUCCGCCGUCGCCAUUGCUAGCUCUCUUGGCCUCUGUAUCUCUCUGCUCUCUUCCAUGAGAGAGGGAGCUGACGACCGCUUCAUUCUUUUUGUCCCCUUGCAGCUUUCCUCUUGGAGCCGUAGCACUGCUGGUGCGGCUCUGAAUUACGAAAUAAAGAUAUAGCCAUGCAGGCGGCCAAGACAAGGUUUGUUUCGUUUCAUCCCCUUCUAUGCUAAAUUCCAUGUGCCGUUUGAUGAUUGGCGAUGGUAGAUUCUCCUCCCCAAGUCAAUGCGCAUAUGCAUUGUGGUUCUCUGAUCUGGUCUUCACUCUUCUGUUGGCUAUUAGCCCAUGUUCUGUAGGAGCAUGUAGCGAGUUAUGCCUAUGAUUCUAUGAGCACCUCACGAGAGUUCAGGAAGAACUGUUUAUACUCUCUGCUCAUGGAUUCUCAACUGUUACAGCUGCAGCAGUGAAUUUACAAGCAGCGAGCUGUGACAUGGAAGUAUGCGAUUGGGCAGCUCUAAACUAAACUUUCCUCCUUAUUAUCACCAUCUAUCCGUCCCUUUUUUAUUCAUCUUUUCAUGGAGCCAAGAAGCGACCAGGUUUUCAAAUCAGGGCUGCAUGUGACCGUGACUGUUCACAGAUAGCUCCAUGCGCAACGCCUGUCUCGUCCUUGAGCUCGGAGCCAAGGAGGGCACCCGUGCUUGCCUGCGCGGAGGGGAGAUUUAAGUUAAGCUAAUGCGGCUGCCCUUUUUCUCGGCUCCUGUCUCGCACUCGCUCGGUUGCUCCCCCUCCACUUCUUGUCGGCCUCUUGAGUUUUCCGGCCUCGGAUUCUUUGUUCCCAAUUGCAUCUUGCUUCUUCUUCUUCUUUUGCAUCUGGUUUGAGCUAGAGGCUCGAUCCGUCUCGUUCGUCCGGAAGCGGCUUAAGCUAGAAUCCGGCGCUCUGUAGUUUGGUUCCAAUCGAGGCUUUGAAUUGGUUCUAGUCGAUUUGAUUUUGAGUCCCCCAGAGAAGAAGCUUUAUUUUGCUUGCGUUUGACAUGAGGGGAGACGCUGAAAUCUUUCCCCUGUUGUAGUCAUGCUAUCCUUGUACAAAAUGCAUUUUCUCAAGUUAUAUUCCAGCAGCAACAGCUCGAGGAAUGGCUCCUUGGAACACCCUGCACGGACGUCCUCCCAGGGAAGCAACAAGACAGGCCGGACUGCGAGGAUGGCCGAGUCGCCCACCGGGCUGAACCCCAAGGUCGACCGCCGCAUGGCGAUGACGGCGAUGAGCGCCGAGAGAGAGAAAAGGAGGCCACCGACGAAGCUGUCGGAGCUGGAGUCCCAGCUGUCGCAGCUGCAAGACGAGCUCAAGAAGGCCAAGGAGCAGCUCCACUCCUCCGAUCUCUCCAAGAAGCGGGCCCUGCAGGAGGCCGGCGAGGCCAAGGCGCAGGUCGCCGCGGCGUCCGCGCAGGUCCGCGACUCCCAGGCGCAGCUCGCGGAGCUCUCGUUGACCGAGGAGUCCCGCCUCCUGGAGCUGCGCCGGCUGUCGCAGGAGCGCGACCGCUCGUGGCAGUCGGAGCUGGAGGCCAUGCAGAAGCAGCACACCGCCGACUCGGUCUCGCUGGCCGCGGCCAUGGGCGAGGUGCACCGCCUCCGCGUGCAGCUCGCCGCCGCGGCGCGCGCCGAUCGCAGGCAGGACGUGGUGGAGGCACUGGCCACCAUCGACGAGCUCAGGGUCAAGCUCAAGGCGAGCGAGGAGGCCGAGGCGCAGGUGCGAGCCAUGCACGAGGAGUGCAAGCAGCAGCUGGAGGCGAGCCGGGCCACCAUCGACUCGCUGCUCACCGACGGCUCCAAGAUGAUGGACUCAUUCAGCCUCGUAGUCAAGGAGCUCGAGGAGUCGCGUGCCAAGGUCAAGGCCCUCGAGGAGGAGAUGGCGGAGACGUCGUCGAAGGCCGGCGAGUGCUGCAACUCGGAGACCGCCGAGCUGAGGUCGGAGUUCGAGGCCGCGGAGGCCAGGUUCCAAGAAGAGAAGAUCCUGAGCACCGUGGAGACGCAGUGCGCGUACGAGCUCAUGGACCAGAUAAAGAUGGAGUCGGACCUGCGGCACGGCAAGCUCGCCGGGGCGCUCGAGAGCGCCAAGUCCGAGGUCAUCUUCCUCAAGGCGAGCCUGUUCGACAAGGACUCAGAGCUGAGGCGCGCCCUGGACGCGAACAAGAAGCUACAAGCUGAGACGAGAACGGACAGCACGGCCGACGAGCUGAAAGAGCAGCUGCAGGGAGCACUGCAGGAGAACGGGCAGCUGAAGCUGGAGCUGCAGUGGUACGAGUCCGAGAAGGGCUCCGCGAGGGAGCCGGAGGCCGACGCAGCAGAGGCGGCGAAGAAGGGGGAGAUGGAGGCCGAGCUGAGGCGGCUGCGGGUGCAGGCCGAGCAGUGGCGGAAGGCCGCGGAGACAGCCAUGGCGCUGCUCACGGUGGGCAAGGGCGGCAACGGUAAGGUCGUGGAGCGGAGCGACUCGUGGGAGGGCGGCAAGUACGCGGGCCUGUGCGAGGAGUUGGACGACGACGCGGCGGCGAGGAAGAACGGCAACGUGCUCAGGAGGAUCAGUGGCAUGUGGAAGAAAUGAAGGCGAUCCACGAUCAGCUGAGCAGUUGUAGUGUGGCUUGUACUACUCUGUAGGGAGCUCUUUUUCCCGCAGGUGUAAUUGUUUUUGCCGGUUUCUGUGGUAUAAAAACAUAGGAGUGCUGUACUGGUCGGGUAAAUGUGCUCAUAGCUGUAUUAUACGUGGUAUACGGAGGAUCAAUUCAUCCGGGUGUGAAAGGUCGCGGUAGUCAUUUUAGUUUCGUUCAAAAGUGUUCAACAGCCAAAAAUUUCGAUUG